AUGCGAUACCCAACAACUAACGAGUCAGUCAGGAUUGCCAUGGUCACAUUUACGGUACUGGGCUCAGCCGCCCUGGUAGCUGGCGUACUAGCCUACCCUCAAGGAAGACCAUCCUCUCCCCCGCCUGUCACUGAUCUAUCCUCUCCAUGCGCGGAAGCAGCCACGACACUAUCUCUCCAAGACGGACCCCACAACAAUCACUUCUAUUCAGACUGUCAUACCAGCGUCCACGUUAUCGUCACUAGUCCCCAGCCAGAUAGAGAUCCCAAUGUUGCCAAGCCUCGCCUUCUUGUUGCAUGGCCUGCGGGUAAUAGUGGUGCUAUGGCUCGAUUCGAGACUGAGGGCGGAUCGGGCAGUCUGACCAUGAGCCUGGAGGAGUCUGAAAAUGGACAAUCGGUAGAGCCACUGACCGCUUCGGAUCGCGUUGGAGUUUCAGGGUCGAUCAAGUUCAACACCGCUGCUAGACUGACUGUACCGAUUCUGGGUAGUAUACGGAGUAUUCGUGACUUCACCGAAGGAGGUAGUGUUAAUCAGGACUUCCAGAACAGCUUCGGUUUCGCUACCAAUCAAGACGGAAGCGCCUCAAUCAACCGUACCUGGUUCGACGGCGUAACAAUCACUACGCUAAAGUUCUCGCCUCUGAAUGGCGCCCAAGCCAUCACGCUGAACCGUGAAGCUGCAUGGACUUUGACCUUCGGCGCGGGGUCUUACCGCUUCGAAGCUUCUUACAACUACCCGCAGUUGGAGCAGCUUAGCCCUCAAGAAGUUUUAAACGAUGCUUCUUCAGGCUUGAUUGCGCAGAAUCCAGAUCAGACCACCUCCUUGUCUUUUCUCUCAUACACCAACAAGCUCUUAGCCGGUACAUGGCGCUUUCUCACCUACUUCGGUCGCGAUAGUAUGAUAUCGAUGCUGCUGAUGCAGCCUAUUCUCAGCGAAGCCGCCAUCGAAGCCGUCAUCGGAGCUGUUAUUGAGCGAAUCAACCGCAACGACGGUACAGUGUGUCAUGAAGAGGUUCUCGGCGAUUACUCGACUUGGCUGAACAGGAAGAAGGGGAUCGAUUCCAGCGCACCUAGCUGUGACUAUAAGAUGAUUGAUACAGACUUCAUGCUUCCUGUUGCUAUGAAUAGCUACUUUGUCGAUACGGACGCUGGCAAGCAACGUUCUGAUGCUUUCUUCCGCAAGACUGCGACAUUUCUCGCUGAGAACAAUGGACUGCCUUACUCUCAGCUAGCCCAGAUCACGGCCGAGAAGAUCAUGCGAAUCGCGGCGCCAUUCGCGCAGAGCCAAGUGAAAGAGAAUCUCAUCAAGCUCAACCAGGGCGAAUCGGUCGGCGAGUGGCGCGAUUCCAACAAUGGUCUCGGAGGAGGCCGCAUUCCGUAUGACGUCAACACAGCUCUUGUACCAGCAGGACUACGUGCUAUCGCUAGUUUGAGCCGUGCUGGCUUCUUCUCAGAUCACCCCGAUUGGUCCCAAGAGGCUGAUCGGUACGCACAAAUCUGGGAAGACGAGACGCUACGCUUCUUCGAAGUCACCGUACCACAAGCCGAGGCCAAGUCUCUCGUUCAAGGCUAUGUCUCCAACGCCAACCUCGGUGUGCCCAACCACGCCGAUAAAGUCAACAGCGACGUCGUCUACUACGGUCUCGCCUUAGACGGCAAUGCUGGAUCACCCGUUGUACCCGUUAUGAACACUGACGAUUGCUUCCGACACUUCUUCCUGGACACCACAAACCAGACCCAACUAACGGCAUAUAUCAGCCAAACUGCUGACCAUAUCCUUCAACCGUUCCCAGUUGGCUUGGCGAGUGAGGUUGGUCUGUUUGUCGCGAAUCCAGCGUACGCUGGAAACGCAGGUUUUGCUGCAGGCUUCUCGAAGACUGAUUACCACGGUACUGUGGUCUGGAGCUGGCAGCUUGCUAUGAUGGGCGCUGGACUUGCGCGACAACUUGGUCGUUGUGCAAAGGGCGAUGCUCCUGACUUCUGCACAGACUCUACGGUUCAUAACAAGGUCCUCUCCGCCUAUAACAAUCUUUGGGAUAUCAUUGACGCCAAUCGUGAUCAGCUAAGCCAUGAAGUAUGGAGCUGGAAGUACAACAACGGAUUCCAAGUUGAGCAGCUCGGCUCAUUGACCUCGACUGAGAGCAACAUCCGACAGCUGUGGAGCUUGACGUUCCUCGCGGUCAAGAGGGAGAGCUUUGUAAGCUCGUAG